AUGGCGAUCUCAAAGAACACGGAGGUCGAUGCCGCUCUACAAGAUCCUAACCAUGGAGAGCUCGGCAAGAUCAUUGAGGAAGUUCGUGCUGCUGCCAGUGAGUGGGGCUUCUUCUACGUCGCGAACCAUGGACUAUCAGAGCAGGAAGUGGGCGGGUUUCAGACGGCCAUGCGCGCCUUCUUCCGCCUGUCAAAGCAGAUUAAACGUACCAUUCACCGCAAUACCACGAACAACCGUGGCUACGUCGAAGGAGAGCUCACCAAGAACAAAACGGACUGGAAAGAGUGUUUCGACUUUGCCGGUUCCGGAGAAGACGGCCCUUGGCUUGACGAGACGACACUACCUGGGUUUCGUAGGAAAAUGCGUGCGUACUACGACAAGAUGGAGCAUGCCGCUUGCCGUCUUCUUAAGGUAUUUGCAGUCGCGUUAGGUGAAGAACCUGCGUUCUCUGAUCAGUUUUUCCGCUCAAAUACGUCGAGCACGAUGAGACUGAAUUAUUAUCCAAUGGCGCCCGAGCCAGAGAAGACCAUGGGAGUCUAUCACCAUACGGACUCGGGAGCUCUGACUAUUUUGCUGCAGGAUGACGAGGUUGCGUCGUUGCAAGGUACGUACACUAUCAACAUCGGCGACAUGAUGCAAGUGUGGUCGAACGAUCAGUUUGUGGCUCCUCUGCAUCGCGUGGUGGCGAGUAAGGAGGCUGCACGUUUCUCGGCUCCGUUUUUUUACAGUCCCUCGUACGACGUGCAGGUAGAGCCCAUUGUGGCUAAGCCUGGAGACGUGCCGAACUACCGUCCGAUCAGUUGGUGCCAAUUCCGCUUGGCUCGAUUCCAAGGAAACUACGCUGAUCUCGGCAAGGAAAACCAGAUCGGCGACUACAAAAUUCACGGCCCAAUCGAUUUUGGGAACUCGUAG